AUGAACAUGAAAAUGCCUUCGAUACAUAAAAUUCAUACUGACGCUAAUUCCAAUAUCACUUCACUUCAUAAUGAUCUUUUGAAAAGAUAAGAUAUCUCACCUACACAAAUAUCUCCUUCAUAUUUAUUUACUAAUCAUUCAUUUUAACCAACUCUUAAAAUAUUAGCUACUUAAAAGCCAUCUAUUUUUGGCCAUAGAAAAGAAACAUUUUUAAAUUCUAGCUAUCGUGAAAUAUCAUAAUGUGAUAUAUAUGGAAAUCUUUAAAAAUAUAAAAUACAAAAAUAAGAUGAUAACUUAGCUCGACUUCGUGGUAGAAAAAGAUCAAUAAAAUAGCAUUCCCCUUACAAUCUAAAUUAAUAAUCUCCAACAUCCAUUAAAAAUAUUGAGAGUCAAAAGAAAAUCCUUGAAAAUGUAAUAGAUGAUGUAAAGUUAAGUAAUAUCAAAUUAAAAAAACUCGAAAAAUCUCCUCAAAACAAAAACGUUCCUGUGCAUAACUUUUACUAUCUUAAAAAUAUGAAAUAACUCUAUCCUUUUUAAAUUGAAAAAUCAGUAAAAGACAUGAUGAGACCAUUCCAUUAAUAGAGAGAGAAUUUGCUUUCUCCAAUAUAAACAGAGAGAAGUUUAAUUUAUCCUUAAAGACCAUAAAUUUAAAGACCAAAAGAGUUUUUGGACAAAUUGAAGAAUAGAUUAUUAAAAAGAAAAAAAACAAUGUAUUUACCAUAAGGAUAGAUUUAGGAAGAUCCAAUUUAGAGAAAACUUAAACAUUUUUAAAAAAGCUAAUUUGAAAAUCAAUGUAUACAUACUAUAUACAUUCGUCCAUCAGCAAUUAGAAUAUAAAAGUAUAGAAUUUAAGAUAAUAACAAUGAAAGCAUUUUGAAAAGAUGUUUUAGUUAUAGAUGGUGGUGGUAGGAAGCAGAUGAGACUGAUGAGGAAGUACAAUUAUUAUGGACUUAUUAAGCUUAGAGUUUAUUUUUGAAUAAAUAAAGAUCAAGACAUAUAAGUGAUAAAAUAGAAUUUCAACCUUUUGAAUAGAUUUUAAAGUUAUGUGAUGGUGUAGAAGAUUAAAUGAAAUUUGCAAUAGAAUAAAAACUUUGUUUAUUAUCUCCUUAUAUAAAAAUACAUAAUCAUAUAGAUGUUAUGAAUCCAUUAUGGACAAAAAAGAAUUUAAUUAAUAGAUUUUAAAGAUAUUGUACUUUAACAAAUUAAAAUUAUUGUGAUUUUCUUCCAUUUUCAAUAAUAGUAAAUAAUUUGGGAGAAGAUUCAUUUUAUGAAUUUAUAAGAAAUUAUAAAACUUCAACAGAGAUUUGGAUAGUUUUGAAAUGUGAAAAUGAAGGAGAUAGAAUUUAGUUAUGUGAAAAUACAAAGAGUAUAUUUGACUUUAUUCACAAAGAAUAUUCGACACCUAGUAGAAAAUAAUAAAGUUUUAUUGUUUAAUAAUACAUAAGAUCGUUUGUAUAUCAAUAAAUAAAAUUAGAUUUAUGCUAUUAUUUAAUGAUAGCUCAAAUAAAUGGGAUAGUGAGAGCAUAUUUAUUUGAAUAAUUUUAUGGAGAAAAAUCAUAAAUAAAUUUCUCUCCAUUUGAAAAAGAUCUGUAGUAUAAUUCAAAUGAACAUUUAAAUUAAGAUAAUAAUUAGGAUAUUAUUUAAAUGAAAGAUAUUUUAGAAUAUUUUGAUGAUUGUAGAGUGGAUUAUGAUUAUAAAAUCCUUCCUGAAAUUAAAAUAGUUAUAUGUGAAUAUAUUAGAUCAGUAUUUACUUAAAUGCCUGUCAAAGAUCAUAAUUUUGAAGUAUUCAUUAAAUAAGACUUAGUUACUUUAAGUUAAAAUAAUAAUUGAUAAUCAAUAUAAACCAUGGUUAAUUGACAUCAAACCUAAAACAGAAUUUGAUUAAAAUACAGAUUUCAUGAAAGACUUUGCUUAGUAACUUUUUGAUAAUACAAUAUAACUUUCUGUUGAUGUUUUAUUUCCAUCACCAUCUAUAUGGCCAAAAGAUAAAAGAAAAUUAAUAAAUAUCUAUUCUGAACAAAAUGAUUUUGUUGUUGUUUUUGAUUCAAGAAUGGAUGGUUAAGGGUUAAAAUCAUUAUUUGAAGAAAAAUAACCUGAAAGUAAUCAAGAUGAUGAAUUUUGA